AUGUCCAACUCUUUUUCUAUUUCUGUCUGCAUCUGUCAUCUGUCCAACUCCUAUUUCUGUCUGCAUCUGUCUCCCCUAUGUCCAACUCUUUCUAUUUCUGUCUGCAUCUGUCCACCCUCUCCCCAUCUAAAUGUCCAACUCUUUUCUCUAUUUCUGUCUGCAUCUGUCUCCCUCUCCCUUAUGUCCAACUCUUUCUUUUCUAUUUCUGUCUGUCCAUCUGUCUUUCUGUCCCUCCCCCUAUGUCCAACUCUUUCUAUUUCUGUCUGCAUCUAUUUCUGCCUGAUGUCCAACUCUUUCUAUUUCUGUCUGAUCUGUCCCCCCCAAUGUCCAACUCUUUUCUAUUUUUGUCUGCAUCUGUCUCCCUCUCCCCUAUGUCCAACUAAAUUUCUGUCUGCAUCUGUUCCCUCUCCAACUCUAUUUCUGUUCUCUAUUUUGUUUCUAUCUGUCUGCAUCUGUCCCCUCCCUCUAUGUCCAACUCUUUCUAUUUCCCAGUCUGCAUCUGUCUCCCUCUCCCCCAAUAAACCCUUUUUGUUUGUGUGUCCAACUCUUUUCUAUUUCUGUCUGCAUCUCUCCUCUCCCCCAACUCUAUGUCCAACUGUCUUGUCCAACUAUUUCUGUCUGCAUCUGUCCCUCCCCCUCCAACAUUUCCUUUCUGUAUCUGUCUCCCUCCCCUUUCCAACUUUUCUGUUCUGUCUGCAUCUGUCACCCUCUCCCUAA